AUGGUAAACCUAAUUUCAACGACCCUCCCCAUUGCCUUCGCGGCGGUGGCUUCGGCCAGGGUCUGCCAGAACAUCACCGUCGAGGUCGAGAUCACGGCGCGGAACGGCGUUUUCAACAUCUCGGCGCCGGAGACGAAUGUUGAUGUGACUGACUUCACACUCGACCUCGCAAAACAAGGAGGCAACCUCACAGCCCAGGUCUUGACAGAUUACGCCAACGUCGGGGGAACCUACCAGCUCGCCUCGACCUACUGCGAGCCGGACUCGGGCCCGGGCAACACCAUCCAGAUCCUGACCCACGGCAUCGGCUUCGACCGGAGCUACUGGGACUUCAGCGCCAACGCCUACAACUACAGCUACGUCGGCCCCGUCGUCGACGAGUACGGCUUCUCGACCCUGGCCUGGGACCGCCUCGGCAUCGCCCAGUCCUCCCACGGCGAGCCCGUCAACGAGAUCCAGGCCUGGCUCGAGGUCGCCGCCCUCAGGGCCCUGACCGACAAGGUCCGCGACAGCACGAUCCCGGGCCUCGAGGACCGCAAGUUCGCCAAGGUCGUCCACGUCGGGCACUCCUUCGGCUCCGGCCACACCUACGCGCUGACCGCCAUGUACCCGGACGUCUCGGACGGCAUCAUCCUGACAGGCUUCGCGCAGAACGCGACCUUCGUCGCGUCCUUCAUCCUGGGCGGCGGUCUUGUCCAGGCCAAUCUGUUGGAUGCGUUCAAGGGCAUGAACUACUCGAACGGGUACCUGGCCAGCGGGACGGAGGGCGCCGUGCAGACCAACUUCUUCGGCCCGAACAACUUCGACCCUGAGAUCCUCACCGCGGCGUACGAGGGAGGCCAGCCGGUGACGGUGGGCGAGUUGUUGACCGUCGCGGGCGAGGCGGCGUCGAUGAAUGCCUUCACCAAGCCCGUUCUUAUCAUUACUGGAGAGCGCGAUAUUCCCUUCUGCGGUGGAGACUGCCUCGCCACCGGAAACCCGGAGUUGCCCUCGAUCCCGGCGUCGUCUGCCAUGAUCUUCCAGAACGCCAGCGCUUUCGAGGCUUACAUCGUCGCUGAUGCUGGCCAUGGUCUAACUCUUAGCUACUCUCACGACGAGGUGACCGGCAAGAUGGCCGACUUCCUGUACCAGAACGGUCUUGGCUGCUUGAUUUGA